GUGUGAGUGUCUCUGUUGUUGUCGGUGUGUCAGUCAUCAGGAGGAUCGUCAUGGGACCAUGACGCUGUGCAUCGGGAUGGGAGACGAUUUCUGGCGAAGGACAAAAGCGAUAGCACAACGAUACCAUAGUCAUAACAACAACAAUAACGAUAACAACCAAGGAAGGCGGAGAAGGAAUGAAGCACAACAAGCGAACUAGUCGCACUGGAAAGUCAUUGUGGACGGGGAGAAGGGAUACAGUAAAGAAGAAAAGUCACGUUGCCGUGAUUGGCUCCAUUUGGCAGGCCGGGCAUCAAUCCGUCAGUCAGUCUUCCUCCAAUCCAUCCACUUCUGGUUCGGCUGCUGCUUGUCGUGCUUCGUUCCAUCAGCACUCCUCGUCUUCCAAUCCCGGUUUCUCUCUCUAUCCUUCCGUCUUCGGUCCAUUUCAUGACUUUUUACAAUAUCCUAUCCUUUUGUCUGAUGUUUUCUGCCUGAAUCCUUAGCGAUGCCCAGGCUGAUCGACGGGAUGCUCGCAAGUUGAGAUUAACCUUCAGCAGGGGUGACUGUCAAAAAUGACCUAUUCCGAAUGCCCCGCGCCUUGCCUGCGCCACA